UUCGAAACAAAAGAUCAGAGAAAAACUUAAAAUCCAAAAUUCCCAAUUUGGCUUUCUUCUCCCUUACGGUUUUCUGCCGUCAGAAACCCUAACAGAUCAGAAACCCUAGAACUGCAAUCCGACCUCUGCAAUUCUAUCAUUGAUGUACGCCUCCGACAAUCGAUACGCCGACGUCAACUCCUACCGUGAGCACCGCAGUGACCUAGUGGGUCCAGCGCCUGCGGUGGCGCCACAGUUAGGCACCGCCUAUGGCCGUGGCGGUGGGGAAGCUCCGUAUGGGGGCCCGCCGCCUGCGGUUGCUUCAUAUUCGGUAAGAGUGGGUGGACCGACAUUGGGUCCAGGAGACUUUAAUGGGUACCCGCCGUUCCAGCCCCCUUUCGAGCGGUUCAAUAUCGGCCGAGGUGGUGGUAAUGGGAGCUUUGGUGGUAGAGCGUCGAAUGGUCAUGUUGGUGGUGGAAGGGGUCGUGGUGGUAUUGGUGGUGGUGGGAGAUUUGGUGGCGGUGGCAGGGGUUUUGAUGGAGGCCGUGGUGGCGGUAGGAGCUUUGGUGGUAGUCGUGGUGGAGGUGCGGGUUUUGGCGGUGGGCGUGGAGUUGGUGGAAGAGGAGGAGGUAGGCAUGGUGGCUCGUCAAGAGGAGACUUGGAUAAUAUUAUGCUUCCCAAGCAAGAUUUUGGAAACUUGGUACCUUUUGAGAAGAACUUCUAUGCUGAAAGUCCUUCUGUGAGGGCAAUGUCAGAACAUGAUGUUAUGGUGUAUCGUACGAGGCGGGAGAUUACCACCGAAGGGCAUGAUAUCCCAAAACCGAUUCAGAUGUUUGAGGACACGGAUUUCCCUGAUUACUGCCUAGAGGUGAUUGCGAAAUUGGGUUUUGUUGAACCAACACCAAUUCAGGCUCAAGGAUGGCCAAUGGCAUUAAAGGGUAGAGAUUUAAUUGGCAUUGCCGAGACUGGUUCUGGUAAGACUUUGUCUUAUCUGCUGCCGGCGCUGGUACAUAUUAGCGCACAGCCUCGGUUAGCUCAGGGAGAAGGUCCUAUGGUGUUAGUAUUAGCACCUACUCGAGAAUUGGCAGUUCAAAUUCAAGAAGAAGCUUUAAAAUUUGGUUUACGUUCCAAUAUUAGGAGUACUUGCAUAUAUGGCGGUGCUCCAAAAGGACCCCAAAUACGCGAUCUUAAAAGAGGGGUUGAGAUUGUGAUAGCUACGCCUGGACUGAUAGAUAUGUUGGAAGCUCAGCAUACAAAUUUGCGAAGAGUGACUUACCUAGUUUUAGAUGAGGCUGAUAGGAUGUUGGACAUGGGAUUUGAGCCGCAGAUAAGGAAAAUUGUUUCUCAAACCCGACCAGAUCGGCAGACUUUGUAUUGGAGUGCCACGUGGCCAAGGGAGGUUGAAAGUUUAGCAAGGCAGUUUUUACGUAACCCAUAUAAGGUAAUCAUUGGAUCAGCAAGCCUUAAAGCAAACCAAUCCAUAAACCAAGUUGUUGAUGUUGUGACGGAGGUGGAGAAAUACAAUAGGCUGAUCAAAUUGCUCAAAGAAGCGAUGGUUGGGAGCCGAAUUCUGAUUUUUGUGGAGACGAAAAAGGGAUGCGACCACGUUACUAAACAAUUGAGGAUGGAUGGAUGGCCAGCUCUAUCCAUCCACGGUGAUAAAAACCAGGCCGAAAGGGACUGGGUCUUGGCUGAGUUUAAAAGUGGCAGGAAUCCUAUAAUGACUGCCACUGAUGUGGCUGCGCGAGGUCUUGAUGUGAAGGACAUAAAAUGUGUGAUCAAUUAUGAUUUUCCAUCAAGCCUUGAGGAUUAUGUUCACAGAAUCGGACGAACUGGACGUGCAGGAGCAGCAGGAACUGCUUUAACUUUUUUCACGCACGCAAAUGCAAAAUUCACUAGGGAUCUAAUCAAGAUCCUUCAAGAAGCAGGUCAGGUUGUGAGCCCUGCAUUAGCUGCAAUGGCCCGAUCAAGUGGUAGUUUCGGAGGAUCCGGUGGGAACUUCCGCAAUAGAGGACGAGGAGGAGGGUUUGGGAACCGGGGCAUGAGUUCUGGUUCAAAUACUGUUCCUAUCGGUUACAAGAGACCAUGGUAGUUUGUGUGGUAUCAGAAUUCACCUGGCUAUAUUAUGUUCUUUUGGUUUGAAACAAUGAAGGAAAGAACGUUGUGUCGAAAACAUGCUAUUUUUGGUACGAUUGAUUUGUGUUGCAAUAUCAAAUAGGUGUUUAUGUUUAUCUGUAAGUUUCUCUGAGAAAAGAGGGACCGAGUUGUAAGAUAAUUGGAGACGAGUUUUGAGCAAAGAUAUUUGAAAGUCAUCGUGUCCUCAUCCUACCAAGUGUAAAUAAUACUUGGUUCUUUUUUUUUU